AUGUUUACAUCCUCGAUUCUUCUCACAAUUACCUCCAUUGCAUCUGUUGCCUUGGCAGAGUACCGUCCAGAUGAGCGUGUCGUGCUCGCAGACUGUGGCAUCCACCCACCAAAUGGUGAAUCAACCUCCCGCCAAAUCAUGUACUACCACGCUGGCCCUUGGGACGCCCAAGGAACGAGAGGAAAAUGGGUUACACCCGACAUGAUGAUCGACGUCCCCUGGGACGGAUCUUAUCCCUGGCGUAAAAACGGAGUGAAGCGCAAGAUGCCUAACGGAGACGAAUUCAACAUCGUCAUCGAUCCCUCAAUUCCGGACUCAAAUAUGCGACUUGCCGGUCUGGCUACCCACACUAUGGAAAACCAUGCUUUCGGAUGUAGAGCUCACCAUGAGCGUGGUAUCUACAUCCUAGAUGAUGGUACGGAAUGCGCAUCUGCUUACAUCUGCGACCAUAAGAGUGAGACUCGGCCUGGUGGCGGUGGUGGUGAUGCUCCUGCACCGGCACCUGGGAAGACGACUUCGUCUCUUACUCUCUCUUCUGAUGCGAUAUAUGUCACGGACUCAAGUCUGCAUAAAGAAAACCUCAAGCUUACUGAUCCAAACUCCGUCUUCAAUACUGUCUUUGAUUCCAUCGAGGGGAAUGGAUGUCGAAAGACCGAGUAUUCAAUCUCUGACUCCUGCAAAAUCUCGUACGACUGCAUGUUCGCUGGUGGCGAUAAUGAUGUCAAGACUCGGAGUGCUGCCGUUGCUAAGUUCUUGCAUGUCUCGGCUGGACCUCAGGUGAAGAAGUCCUGGUAUGAAAGCACCACCUAUGAAGGUCAGUGGGGUAUCCCGAAGUAUCACAUUGGCUAUAAGUAUCCCCGCAAUGGCCAGAUUGUCAUUACACAUGAUAGCGCCAUUCAGUCGCAACUUUCAUUUGAGAUAAAGUGCGGUGGAAGUUGGUUUUGUGAUAAAGGCUGUACCGAGUUCACCACUGGAAUGAUUGCUUUGGGCUAUGCUGGUGGCGCAGCGCCUGUUGGUGUUUUUGGUACUUUGACUGCUGGUGCUUGUGGUCUUUUUUGCUGA